AUGUUAUCAGUUCUUUCAACUUAUUUGUUACGUAUUAUAGUCUCCCAGUUGGAUGACAACGUGGACCGAAUCUUGUUGUCGCUGACUUGUCGACGUCUGUUUGAUGAGCGACAACAUUAUUUAAUCUUUGAGAAAAAGGACAUCAUAUUGGACCUCACUGUGCUUGCUUUGCAGUCAUCCCAAUGCAAUAGAUUCAUACUCAAAUCAUUUAAAGAACAGCUCAUUCAAUCACUGGCACACUUUGGAGGCACGUGUCAUGUGGCUCAUUGCACCAUCCCUGGACCCAUCCCCGCACAUACCAAGCGACUCUGGAUUGCCAAUCCCAACUUCCAAUCCGAGCACUCCAACAUCCCCAACGGUGUCGAGUGUCUCACAUUCGAAUAUGUGAAUGGUAGGACCAUCGAGUCUGACAUAGAUGCCAAAUUCACCUAUAAUAUUACUGUUGGAACCAUUCCAUCAUCAGUCACUGAGGUGCACUUUGAUUAUGGCGUCGAAGUACUUCAUAAUGGUGUGAUUCCUUCAUCAGUGGAGAAGCUCUCAAUCACUGGACAACACCCAAAAUGGGUGGACAUCAGACCUGGUGCCAUCCCCAACUCUGUCACUGAUCUGCGCUUGAACGGUUGUGGCGCUCUCAAUUUGGACAACGGGCUCAUUCCAAACUCUGUCGUCAAUCUCUUCAUCGAACCUGGAUGGAUUGUUGAAUUCAGUCUCUUGCCUGGAUAUAUUCCAUCGUCGGUGCGAUCACUCACCUUUGGAGAAGGAUUCAAAGAGGAGAUAUCUCCUCACGUCUUGCCUCAAAGCCUCACCCAACUUCAUUUCGGAAAUAUGGCCGACAAGUGGCUAUAUGUUGGCUCAAUACCCUCCUCGGUUCACACUCUCCACUUUGGGUAUUACAAUCUUCCGUUGGACCAAGAUGGAGUUCUGCCCUCAUCUUUGACCAAGCUCAUAUUUCAGAUUGGCUUCUCAAAUCGCCUUCCACAAGCCUCGGCAUUGCCAUCUUUGCAAACGCUCUCCAUGCCACGCUGGAAUGACAAGAAGGGACAGUUUGCUCUCGAUCUACCACCAACACUCUCGUCAUUGGUCAUCGGCUAUGUCCCAACGUAUUGCACCGCGCUCCCCAUCAGCCUCACACACCUUUUGAUCGAGUCUCCCAGUCUGAGUCUUGGUGUCAUUCCGGAAAGUGUCACUGAUCUCUCGCUCGACAUAGUCAAGAGAAUUGUGCUCGGUGCCAUCCCACCCAAUGUAAGUACACUCUCGAUUGAGAGAGUUGAUGAAGAGUUAUGUACUGGAAUGAUUCCUGCAUCAGUCCGGGUGCUUAGAUUUGGUAACAGUCAUCGUGGCCCACUGCUGCCAGGAUCCAUUCCAUUUGGUGUGCACACUCUUGAUACCCCCAAGUGGUACAAAUACCCAAUCACAGUAGGCUUGCUCCCAGAGAGCUUGACAACACUCAGUCUGUGGGACCAAGCCAUUGAGGCUGGAGCACUGCCGGCCUCCAUCAAGGUACUCAAGAUACAUAGCUUCGGGCCCCAUCUUCCAGAUGAACUUGGACUCCUAGUAGAUACUAUCGAACUGAGCGAGGACUUUCGUAUUCGAACCUUGGACAUCCAUCGAUACCUCGAUGCUGCACGUCAGGUCAAGUUUCAAUACAAUGGAUUCAAUAUGUGCAUUCGACGACUGGAUGGCGAAUGGCCGCCAUACUUCCUCUAUUCGGACCAGGUCAUACAUGCCAGUGGAUUCAUCACAGAUAUGUUGUGCCACACGCUAUGCUCGGACAAUAAAAGAUCUGAUGAGGCGUUGAAAGCCUGUCUGGACAGGCUUACAAUAUCCUCGGCUGGCUCUUGGGGACUUGAUUGA